UUCAAUUCAAAGUAUGCUAUCGCGUUUAACACAUUCAACUACUCUUUUACUAUACAAUGACAUCUGUCUCGGGAGAGUAAUACCUAUCGAGGUUAUAACGAAAGAAAACACAAAACAUGGCUUGGAACUUCCCGUUUGGGAAUGACAUGCUUUACAAAGGUCAUAUACUCUGUGGAUUCCGCAAAUCCAUGUUGUAGGUGAGCGUGCGUAAAAGUCACAUUUGGCUCUUUUGUGUCCAAUUUUUAAUCGGCAUUAUAAGCCUUAUUCCACUACGCUACAUUGUAGAUGGCAAUCAUACUUCAAUGUAUCGUUAGAUUUCCCAUAAUGCUACACGCAAAUUCACCAAUGGAAUAGUGGUAUAACUUCAGUGGAGCCAAUGGUAAGAUCAGUCACUCCCCUGCAAUACAGAACGGAAGCAGAUGCCGUGCACACAUAGCCUACAAUACUUGUCGUCACUAAGCUAGCUAGUUUGUUUGUUUGCUGUGAAGUAUAAACAGUUUGGCUGCGCAAUUGUUUUUCUUAGUUAGUCAUUAAAACAUUGUAUUUCAUAAUGUGACAUCCACUGCCUUGGUUUAUCAGUCGCACUUGUUUUACUCCUUUCAUAUUCCAACUCCUUUUCAAUCUGGGUCAUGGAUGGUGUGUCUGCGCCGGAAGCAACCUCAGUAAGCUUUAGAUAGAAUUUCUCUCUUCUGACGGGACAUCGGGAUGGAGUUGCAAGAAAUUACACUUUGAACGAAUACCGACAUUCCCUUAUCCAGCUUGCUGUUGAGGUAACAGCGGUGGACGGGACUGCGUGUUCAGUCGGUGGAUAUGAUGCUGUCCACUGACCCCAGGGCCCCUCAGCCGGGGCCCGUCUCCACCUCUGGACAGUGUCCGGCAGGCCCUCCCCUCUGCCAAGACCGAUUGGCUGUGGCCCGCAGGGAAGUGGGCGCGGAUGGGAAAUCCAAAGCAGCCGAGUUGCACUGGAAUCUGGAGGCUAAGCCCUGCUUGCAGGUAGUAGAGGGAGGGCAGGGCCACCAAGCCAUGUUCUCUCCGAAGAAGCACUGUGUUGCCCCGCAGGUGAGCCACAGCGGAAAGGGUGCUUGCAUGAGUGGCAGCAGCGUGGAUGCCAACAGACCUCCUGGGAGACAAACAGAAAGGGAACCAGAUUCCAGGGUUUUUGUCACUUAUAGACAGGUCGGCAAAAGUAGAUCACAGGCCAGUUUUACUGAAGAAGAGGGCACGCCACAAGGUCCACCCGUUUGGAACCCCUCUCCCCCAUGCCCCUCGGCUCCCCAGACGGGUUCCGCAGGCGAGCAGCUUGGUGCCUUGGAGCGGUUCCUGACGGCCCACCAGACCGAGAUGAAGAGCCUGCUGUCGGGCGCGCUGGGCUCCCUGAGCCAGCGUCUGGAGGUCCUCGAACACCGCAUGGACCAGCUGUGUGAGCAGAGCACCGGACACGGCAGCAGCCUGGCGCUGCUUCACAGCAGGCUCGGGCAGCUCGGAAGAGGUCCAGGCUCCACUUCGCCGCUCAGUCCCCCUCCAAUGGCCCUGGCACUAUCACCUAGACAUGGGAGAUAUCAACCCAUGGUGAAAGAAGAGGAUUUAACAAUGACCAGGAGCUUUCCUCAAAGGCCCCAUCCUGUUUGUCAUGUGCCUCCACCUGAAAAGACUGAAAAGACUUCAGAGCCAGUGUGCUCAUGGAAGGCAGCCAUCUUGUCCCCCACCAGCCUCAGCCCUGUCCAGCGGAGACAACACUCAAGUGUUCAGAGCCUAGGCAAAGACAAUUUUUGUAGCCUAGGGUUGGGGAUGGCGGCAGCACCACCGUCUCUUAGAGUAUCCCCUCUGGGAGGCUCUUUGUCUCUUGGAGGCCAGCCAGAGCGAUGCCUACAGGGCAACUAUUCCCCAGUGUCAGACUUUGAAGACGCCGACACGGAGCUGGAAGUGGAGAACGGGCAGAAUGCCCUGAGCCUGUUAGUGGACACUGUUCUGGCCAGCACUGACGGCAGCACUGGCUGGGGACCUCAGCGCUCACUAUUGUCCACGUCACAGACUUCCGAAGGCAUGGAGAGCAAAGUGCCCGAGAAGUGUGGCAUCAAGCAGCCUGGCGUGGAUUCUCAUAGUUUACGCAUCGCCACGCCACUUCAGGUGCCUUCCAUCAGUGUCCAAAUCCCCGCAGAGAAGUCAGGAGACGAGCGGAGGUUGGACAGGAGGGAGGGUCUCCUCUGUGCGGUCCAGCAACCUAUCAAACUGAGCCCGAUAGGCGGACCUCCUACCUCAGUGCAUUCCAUCACAGUCAUUGGGGAAAGCAGGGCCAAGCACGCGUUGCCGUUUGGGCAGACGAAAGCACAACCAUCCCAGGGGUCUAGGUCAUUCAAGCCAGCCUCAAUUCUUAGCCCCAAGUCUCACUGUGACUCCUCAGUGGAGGUAGAGAAACCCGAGCGCAAAAAGAGACAGAAAAAGACUGAGAAGACGAGUUUGUUUCCCACUACUGCCAUUUCUUCUUCUUCUUCUUCUUUUUCUUCUUCGUCUACUUCGCACGACUCCUCCACUCAACAAAAAGGACCCCAGAGGCGAGAGGCGGACUCCAGCGGGCGGUGCGAUGGACAGCCUCGUCUCGAGGGCUCCUCAGGCAGAAUGCAAAGCUCAGGGGCUGAACAGCGCAAGCAGGUUGUUGAUGCUGCUGUAGAUUCCCUGUCCUUAACCGUAAAUAAUGAUAACGACAGCCCCAAAUCGCCUACAGUUUCUUAUAUUGAAUUGAAAUCCCCAAUUCGAGGGCUGACUGGAACUGCUGUUGCCCUGGUUCCCCAACGCACUUUAAAUAGUCACUCAGUCUCUCUGUGUGUGGAGGCCAAGCUUGGUAACAGAGGUACGAAACAGACUCUGUUACCAUUUCACUCGACUAGUGUUGUGAACGCCCACCAUAAACUGUCCACGCCCAAAAACGGCUCCUCGAAGCCCCUGUUCCUUGGGAUUAAGGCCAAAUCUGGGGACAGCCAGACGGUCUUGGAUCAGUUAUCAGAGACGGCCAGCCGGCUGGUGUCCGGUGACUGCUCCUCAGACGAGACUCUGCUCUCGGCCAGUUCGAGUGGGUUCUGCCGGUUUGGCAAUCUGCAGCGCUCGCUGAGCUCCAAGCUGAAGAACCACUGGGAAAAGGAGCCGUCCUCGCGCCGACGCUCCCUGCUCAAGCGGGCUGGGCUCCCUGACCAUGGGACCAACCCGCUCUGCCAGCUGCAGCCCCUGGUCAGCCUCAGCGACUCGCUCUCGCCGCCGCUGGCCACCAGCGUGACAGGCCGCGGUCUGAAGCCCAGCACGGUCACCACGCUCGGCCGGAGCACCAUCUCCUCCUCGAACCAGCUCCUCCUGGGGAGCGCCAACGCGUGCCACCAGCCGAGCCUGUCGCAGCUCUUCCGCACGGCUGCUCAGUCGCCCCCGUCCCUGCUCAGCCAGGGGGGCUUUGCAAAGGGCGGCAUUCAGACGGUGCUGGCCAUCUCCUCCCCGGGACACUUCCGCCUCUGGAUCAGGCACAGGCGCCUCUCGGCCUUCAUGCAGCUCUCACCGGCCGCGGUCACCACCAUUGUCAGCCGCAUCGCCCUGUACCGGGACAAGUACCCUCCCCUCAGACCACUCGCUGACUACUCAGCCCCGCCUGGUCUUAGCAAUGACCACAGCUAUGCACAUCGAUCCUGUCAAGAGGCUACGUCUACGCGCAGGACGAGAGCCACAGCACGAAGGCCUGCUUCAUCUCCAUCCCCGAGGCGUAACAAAGCCAGGCUCACCCCUGAGCGGAGCCUGGACAUCCCACCACGCCACUCCCCUAGCCCCAAGGCCCACCGCCUGGACAGCGUGCCCACCGAGCCCGUGCCCAACUUUGCCAAAGUUAGUGCCAACGUCAAGUACCCAGGCCUGCACAACCACAAGCCAUCCAGAGAGGUGGGGUUGUAUGAUGGGAACGUUGGGGCUCAGCCAGGCCUGCGGUCUAAGAGGGUAUCCCAGAUACGCAUCCGCAAGACUGUCCCGAAGCCAGACAACAACCUCACCCCUAUGGGUCUUCCCAAACCAAAGAGAUUGAAGAAAAAGGAAUUCAGCCUUGAGGAGAUCUACACAAACAAGAACUAUAAAUCACCAACUCCCAACAGGAGUCUUGAGACGAUCUUCGAGGAGCCGAAGGAGAAAAAUGGGGCCCUGGUGUGCAUUGGCCACCAGAAGCGCAAGCGUGUGUUGGACUUUCCCGAUUUCACAUUACCGCGGAAGCGCAAGGCCAGGCCCAAUGUGGGCCCAAUCCGCAUAAAGGGAAGGGCCCGAAGAGGGCGAGGCGACGACACUGACCUUGAUGUCAUGCUGAUUGAGAGGCUGAGCGAGCUGGAGGACUAUUUCUCGCGCGAAGGCCUGGAGGUCUAAGCACUUGUAACAUAAGUGGGUGAAAGUCCUAAUCAUGAUCUGAAGUCCCCAUUUGUAGUCUUCUCUCAGAUGUGUGUUAAACUGUUUGGACAGUACCAAAGGUAUGACGAUGAUAACCUAACAGUGCCAAUACUGUCACUGAUAGCUGGGUCCUUUUACAGGGUCAGGCAAACAUGGCUGGUCAUUGUCUUAGUUCACCCCAGAAUGGAGAUGUUUUCUGCUCUAGAGCGUCCAAAAGUGUGGAUCAAACCCACACCGACAGUAGCCUUUCAUCAACCAACAGUUAGACAGGACAAUAGUCGGUUGUGCUGCUGGUUUGACUAUUGUGUGUCGGUGGUAUAUAAAGAUCUACCUCCACAGAGCACACACGCUUUAGUGAAACCAAGCUAAACUGAACAUCAGUCAAUUAUGACUGUGAAUGAGAGGGAAACCCCUCUAGAACCGCCCGCCCCACCCACAGACACAACACAGAGACCCAAUAUGCACAUUCUCUCGUAGAACCUAAUAGAGCCUGUAUGUGUGUAAGCAACCCAAGCACAUCUAUGAGGGAAAACCUUAGCACUUUCACCCCUUGACCAUGACACCUUAGCCUAUUUGAUCCCCCUGUCUCUUUUCUCAUAGAUUAUGAUGGGACAUGCAUUGUCUUAUCAGAAGUAUUAUUAUUAUUAUUAUAGAAAAAAGGAUUGUUCCGCUCCAUGGAAACUUUCUUUUUCUAGAUGUUGCCUGAUACCACAAACUGUACCCUAGAAGACCACUGUAAUUUCUUUUGUCGUUUACUUCGGUCCUUUCUUACUCUACAUCCUGGCUGCUAUAGGUUGUUGCCUUUCUCUCUGUGUGUGAGAGUGUGUGUUUGUUUGUUUGUGUAUUUUAAGGAAAUCUAGUCUGUGGCAUCCAUUACAGGACUUAAAUGUACGCCUUUUAUAACUCUGGAUCAUAAAGAAAGCUCAGUCAAGGGCUCUCUGACCAUACAGUUUCCCAUAUAAGGAAAAACAUUUUAUUAAUCUGUGUCCAGUACUAGACUUUCAAGUAUACAUAAAUGUAUGGAGCCACCAAGAUGGCCUCUCGUCACAACUCUUAAGGGCAACACUCUGCAUGCUGCAGAGUCAGUAUUUGUCAUCCGCUGGGUGAUGGGGUCUGCUAGCACACACGUUUCGUUACUCAUUCAGUUUCAGAUGUUGUCAGUUUAACUUGGAAUGUGGCGUAUCUCUUUUUUUCCCAGCAAUCUUGAUUUAGGUUUUAAUGUUUUGCUAUUGAAAUAGUGAAUAGCUGACGAAUAGUGAUUUCCAUUAAGAAAUGCUGAAGAAAUCAUGUCUCUCAGUUUGUGGACCUACCUGUGCUCACGUUCACAAUAUCAAGCUCUGAGAGCAGUAUCCUCUCCAGAGUUUGGACUUUACUUUGUUGGUAUUUCUAGUAUUUUGCCCCCAUGUAUACAGCUCUAUUGUGGUGCUUUGUUUUCUCUUACAAUCCGCUUUAGUUUGGUGAAGUAUGCAAUGUUUGUUUUUGUGUGGAUUUUUUUUCUACAUUGUUUUUUGUUCUGGUUUACUAUUCUCUACGUCUAUGAAUUUGAGUAGGUGGGGCGGAGAGUGGUCCUGCUUUUGCCGAAAUUCAAAUACCUCUUCAAAACAAGACCAGGGAGGGCUGUGGGCUGUUGUUAGUAUUUAUUCCCUAUUCACUUUGCCUCUGCCCACUGUUUCCAGUGGCAUAAGAUGAAACAUGGAAUUGUUUCAGUUUUCUCAUCCUGGUUGCAUGUCCUUUCAUGUCCUGCUUUAUUCCAUAAAAGCUGCUAUGUCCCUCAGUCAUUAUUACACACACACAUAUACACACACAUAAGGCUAGAUAUUAAUGAUAACAUUUUAGAUCAUUUUUUAAUAUGGGUACCGAUUCAGGCCAUUAUAGGCAGGAAGAUGUGAGGCUGCUACUAGAUCCCUACUAGGCAUUGAUAACUUCUUGUUUUAUAUGUGCAAUAAGUAUGGUCCGUACAGAUAGUAAUUUAUGAAUUCACAGCUUUCUUUGUCAUUCAGAAACGGCUCUCUUUUGCUCUGGGGCCAUAACAGAUAGUUCUUGGGUGUAUUACAUUAUUAGGCAGACCAAUGGCAAAUACCUGCUUACCUUUUUGGGAUAUUUCUUAUUAUUAACAUCAUCUUUGGGGGAAAAAAAUGUUAAAGCCAGCAAAAAAAAAUCCGUUGUCCUCAGUUUUGCCUCAAGCUGCUAAGUGGCUCAACUGGUGAACUACUUGUAUAAAGAUUCAUUUGGCUCUCUGAAGGAGGCGAAUGUGGCAACAAGGAUGAUGUUCAUCAAGUAUACUAAAAGAAAAUCAGUGUACUUUCAGUAUACUUGGAACAGGCUAAGAUGAGCUAUGGCUUAUCACAUAUACAGCUUAGUGGUGUUUUUUUUUUUUUUUUUUUUCUCAGAUCACAUAAAGUGGCUGCCAGUAGACAGGUUUGUCCAAAAGAUUUUGUACAUUUAUUUUUAAACCCGUUUUUAUGAAAUACUGGAAUUAAUUGGCACACACAUUGUGUUAUAAUGUUUUAAGAGUACAAAAAAUGCAGUUUCAGUUCUCAAAAUCAUACACUUAAAAUGUGAAGAUUUCUGAUGUUUUGUUUGGAUGUUUUGUCUGUAUCUUUUUUUAUUUCUCUGAUUUUAUAAGCACUCUUUAAGGACUGCCAUUUUUAUUGUUUUCCCUCGUAGUCUAGACCUAUAACCGUAGUCACUAUGUAACUGUGGCCAAGGCCUGCACUUAACCCUCCCCCAAAGAGCCAGACCCUUUUGAGAGUGUAGUCUCACUGUCUGCCCCCCUGUGUGGGGAAAAUUAUUGGCAAACAUGUGAUUUUUAUUUCUCCUGUGUACACAGUGUGUGAUGUGAAUGUCUUUUUCCCCUUGCCACACCAACACCCCAAUCCUUUAUGCUGUAACAGAAAGUAUUGUAUAGCCUACACUGGUCGUGAAAAGUGACUUUGGGAUUCCCAUUCUUUUGAUAGGGGGUGGGGGGGAAGUACAAUGACAUUGAUCCCUGAGUUCUGUUGAUCCUUAACUCUCAUUUCCCUCACAGUAUUAGAAAUUAUGCACAGUGAAAGUUUUUAUUUUGGUUAUCAACUGAGAGACCAACACUAAAACAAGUAAAGUUAAAUGGUUGUGACUUUGAUUUGAAUAUAUAUUUUAUGAAUAAAAAUAGUGUUGACAUUU